UUUGUCCGUCCUAUUUCAUGACCUUUUUUUUAUCCGUCCUAUUUAAUGACCUUUUUUUUUGUCCUGUAGUUAGGGUGCCCAAUUACCCAAUUACUAUUUCAGGCCCCCAAUUCAGCCCUGAUAAAUCUCUCUCUCCCCCUUUCUUUCUACCUGCCUUCUUCUUUCUUUCUCGUUUAUGGCCCUCGUCCAGGUAAGCAUGACUGUCUUGUUACAGUUCAAGCUUCUCUUAUAGGCAUGUUUUCUCCAUCUUUUCUCUUUUCUAUACAAUGUGGGACUAUUAUUAUACCUUCGUUUUCUAAGCAUUGGGAGAGGUUGGGCUAUGUAGAUUGUAUUGUAGACCUAUAAUCUUCUUGCAAACACUGCGCCCAAAAGCAGUAUGUUUCAGAGUUUAACACUUCCAAUCUCAGAUUUUUCGAUUAAAUGUCUUCUUUCUCAAUUCUGAAAUCUCCAUCAAAACCCCUCUUCUUCGUUAGUAAUCAACUAGAGAAACAAUUCUCCGCUUCAGAUCUCCAUGUUUCUCAAUUCAUUAAUGGUCAACAAUUUCAUAAACCGUCAAUCUCUAAACCCUUUACUUCUACUUCUUCUUCAAUUAACAAAAAACCCAUUACAGCAAUAACAGCUACUCAAAAAAAUGACAAACCCUUGUCUUCUUCUUCUUCUUCAAUGUCAUUAUCAGUCUCAGAAGAAAAUCUUGCAUUUCCAAUCAUGGUGAAUGGUUGUACUGGAAAGAUGGGUAAGGCAAUAAUAGAAGCUGGAGUUUCUGCAGGGCUUCAGGUGGUUCCCGUAUCUUUCGGCAGUGAAUCGAAGUCUGGGCAAAUUGUGGAAGUAGGUGGUAAAGAGAUUCACAUAUAUGGUCCCAGUAGAAGAGAAAACAUUCUCACCUCAUUGCUCAAAGAAAACCCGAAUAUGAUUGUGAUUGAUUUUACAGUCCCGGCUACGGUUAAUGCUAAUGCAGAAUUAUAUUCGAAAGUUGGAGUUCCUUUUGUAAUGGGAACUACUGGAGGAGACAGGGAGAUGUUGUACAAUACUGUUGAAAAGUCAAAAGGUUAUGCCGUAAUCUCACCACAAAUGGGGAAGCAGGUUGUUGCAUUUAUUGCAGCCAUGGAUAUCAUGGCAGAGCAAUUUCCUGGUGCUUUUUCUGGCUAUUCUUUAGAGGUAAUAGAGUCUCAUCAAUCAAGCAAAUUGGACCCUUCUGGAACAGCCAAGGAUGUUAUCAAAUGCUUCCAAAAGCUUGGGAUAUCCUAUGAAUUAGAUCAAAUGCAACAAGUACGUGACCCUGAACAACAACUCGAGAUGGUGGGUGUACCAGAAGAGCACUUGCAAGGCCAUGCGUUCCAUGUGUAUCAUCUAACGUCACCUGACAAAACGGUUUCGUUUGAGUUUCAACAUAAUGUGUGUGGUACCUCCAUAUAUGCUGAGGGUGCAAUAGAUGCUGCCAUUUUCCUGGCUAAGAAGGUCCAGUCCAAGGCAGACAGACAUAUCUAUAGCAUGAUUGACGUCUUGCGUGAGGGUAACAUGCGAUAAUGCUUGGUUGCUUGUAAUUUUUCACCCUGUUUCACGGGAAAAUGUUGUUGUAUGCCAUCAGUUUUUCAACAGUGAUAUUUUUUUUUUCAUCAGUUUCAAAGAAUAGUUGAAUGAGAUUCACCUUUAUAGAAUCAAGAAUCGGAUUUUAAAUUA